AUGCGCUUAACAGGACUAGCAACAAACGUAUCAAUGUCAAUGUUCAUUGAAGGCAUUUCUAGCUUCAGUGCACAAACAAUGGAUUAUCAACUUGAUGUUUAUAUGUAUCAAAAAAUUUGGCGUCCCGAUAUAUAUUUUGCAAAUGCUCGACAAGCCUCAUUCCAGUCAAUAACCGAACCAAAUUUUUAUGUUUGGAUAUUUCCCAAUGGAAGGGUUUGGUAUGAUUUAAGAAUUUCUCUUGUUGCUAUAUGCAUGAUGAAUUUAUGGAAAUAUCCACUGGAUUCGCAGACUUGUGAACUUAGGAUACUUAGCUAUGCGUAUCCUGAAUCUCAUUUGAGGCUUAGAUGGUGA